UCACUCUGGGAGAGUUUCGUUUCAUUUCAUCCACUGACUCGGCCAUACUUGGUUGAGGGAAACAAUCCAGCGCUCUACGAGUCAGGUGAUAAAGCAAGUAACUUUAAUUCUACAGGGCAAUCAUAGACACUAUCCAAACGACCUGCGCUGAGAGCUGCUCUAAAAGAGGAUAUCAAAGAUCACAGUGGCGGAUGCUUUCAAGGAACACAACUCAUAUGUGUAGCCAGGCAUCAAAGAAACAAGAUUAAAUCAUUAAGCUGGCCUCUCUCGGAACGCGCUGAGCUUGCAAGCAGCUUGACAGAGACAGAAACUUGAAAACGUUCUAGCUGAGAACUGAUCGAGACAGAUCGUACUUGCUAUCGAUUUAGCAGCAUGCAGACCUCUAAAUCUAAAAGCUUUUUCCCUCUUAUUCUGGCACUUCUCGGGGCUGUAAGUGGUUUUCGCCGCGGUUCAAGUUCCUAUGGAAUAAGACCAAUCUCCCUCUAUGGUUAUAAUAACCCGCGUGCUCAAAGCCAAACCGCUCACCAUCAAAACCGAUUGGUUCUGGACCCAUCCAACAAGCUACCGCUGUACAGGAAGACCGGGCAAAAAAGCCACCAAGGAAGGGCACCAAGCCCCCCAAAGCCCGGAAACCAAGGUGAUGACAGCAAAUCUUCUGGCGGGCAGUACUGUAUAUACCAGAAACCAAAACAGGUCACUUGUAAUGUGGUGCACAUGAAACGAGUCACGAACAGAUAUAAGUACUACUGUGGAAGUCAGUCCCGGGACAAAGUAUGCACAGGUUAUAGGGUUUCGUAUCGUCCAGAGUACAAAGUAGAAGUAAGAACAGUUAUGACGUCAGUCAAAGAUUGUUGUCCCGGAUUUACAGGUUCAGAUUGUAGUCAAGCCUGUUUUAACUGUACCAAGUUCCUUUUGUGGGAAAGCCGUUUGUCUGCACUGGAAAAGAGAGCUAGGACGUCUGCAGCAGCCACUAUAUCCGAUGAAGAUGUCACCUUCAGGGGUAACACGGGACUACCGGGCCCCCCCGGCCCUCCGGGUCCCCCAGGACCACCGGGUGAGAGAGGAGAACCAGGACAUGGAGGUUCUAGAGAUGUAAGAGGACCCUCUCUAGGGCCUCAGGGUCCAAAAGGACAGAAGGGGGACUCGGGGCCACCAGGUCCGGCCAUGGUGGUGACAGGAGAUCCGGGUCCUCCGGGAUCACCGGGAAUACGAGGUCCUUCGGGUCCACAAGGAAGAAAGGGAGAGCCAGGGUUGUCCGUACAAGGACCGGUAGGAUUACGUGGACCUCCUGGACCCCCAGGGGAACCCGGGCAACCGGGCAUUAGCACCUCGCCAGAAGAUUUGUCUAAACUGAGAGAACAAAUAAAACAGCUGUCCGCCAUAGUCAAAGACCUGGACGAAAAAGUUUCCAGAUGCAAGUGUUCUUCAGGCACAGGCCGCCAGAGUGUGAACGAGAAAGAUGAUGUUGUAGUGUCCACAGAACCAGGCACCACUUUACCUUUGUUCGCAACUCCAGCUCGUUAGAAGAAUCUUUCCUUCGUUCAACUACCUCUUUCGCAUUCCCUCAAAUUAUUGGAAAAUAAUUUCGUCUGCUAUCCCAAAGUUAACUUAUCUCUCAAUUUAAUUUAACCAAAUAGUAGCCGCUAUAAAUCCCACCUCCAAAUUUUUGGGUAUUUUAAACUUAUUGUAUUCGCCACUCGUGUAACCUAUACCGGACAUACAGCGUUCCCUUCGUUAUUUUACUUUUCCCGAGCGUUCAAGGAGGAUUGAUGUCACGAAGACAAUUACCCGAGUUCCUCCAAAUCAAGUUCUACUGAAAAGUGGAAUUAAAGUAUAAAAUAUAUGCUAAACCAUUUUAUAUCAAAGAAUACAUUUCGCUGACUGUUUGAAACAUAGGUGCUUUAAAAUAGAAACAUAAUAUUUUUUAGUUCCA